UAGCGAUUGUCAGGUGUCUAAAUUUCCAACCUCGACUGUAAACUUUUGCUAACUCUUGGCCUCGAAUUAAAAUUUGAAGUUUUGAUAUUUCAGUGCUCAUUUUCCAAUUGUACAUAAUAAUUUAGAAAAAGAAAUAUGGCCUCAUCAGGUGGAGCUUGCGAUACUCGCUGUCAGGCUUUUUUCACCUCAGUUAUCAAAAAAGAAAACGCAGCGCGAAUGAAGUGGUUCAUCAAAUACCAGGAUCGACUGCUGAAGGAUUUGGAAGAUCCAAAGCUGGCACAUAAAGCUGAAGAUUUAAAAUCACUCUCUGCGCGAACCAAGAAAACUAAGAAGAGGCAAGAAAAAAAGACACGUGUAAACCUAAAGGAGGAACGCAAGACUUCAACUGCUUUGAGGCCCGAAGAAAAUGUGGACUUAUUGGAGAUUAGAAUUAUGAGGCCACUUGAUUCUAAGAUGAAAAAUAUUCUUUGUGCAUCUGGAGUUGAAACCUUUACUGCUGCUAGUCAAUAUUUAAAAGAAAGAUAUAAAGAAAAACCUGAAGAUCGAUUUUACUAUCCGGAAUGCUCCAGCUGGAGUUACGGUUGGCGCCUAAAAGAUCAUCCGCCAAUUCCUACAUCUCAGUUUGGAAAUCGGUCAAUUGUUGAAACUUCUUUCUACAGUCGCGGUACUGUUUUAACGCGUGAUCCUGAUUGGUACAAAAUGUGCCAAACCAAAAAUGCCAAAAAUUUCAACGAUAUAUUCACCUACUAAACAUACAAUUGCAUCUAAAUUAGUUUAAUUAUAUUGUCUAUAGCUUCUAUAAGUAAUGUUAAAAUAAAUGAAGACAAUAUUUUUUUUGGACACUUCACUUUAAUUGAACAAAACCAUAAACACCAUAACCAUAAUAUGCGGGUUGGUACGAUAUGAUGCAAUAACUUACUGUGAUACCUUUGACACAGUAAACAAUGCUAGAAAUAGAGAAAAUAAACUUUUUUAAUUCACUUCAUAAAAAGUAACUUUUAAAAUCUUAGAAUAAAAUAUACAGGAGUUGGAUUUUCUAGAGACAGGUGGGAUUUUCAGGAAACUUAC